AGGAACAAAACCCAGGCAGGCAAGUAAGAGAAGAAUCCUUUCGAUUUCCGAACAGCUCAAAAACACUCCCAAAGGUUUUUCCGAUCAAACCCUCCCUCCGAUUUCUCUCUGCGUCCACUGAUCGGAAUCGAAUCAAAUCGAAUCGAAUCGAAUCGCCGAGUAUGAGGAAGAGGGAGCGGGAGAACCCGUGCGGGGUUUGUGGUCACUACCACAAGUAUGAGGAGGGUGAGGUGUGCGGCAUCUGCGGACACCGUAUGGCCGCCGUUUCCGAUAAAUCCUCCGCCUCCACAGUUCACUUCAGCGCCUUUCCGUCCGAGAUCUUGCCGGAGUUUUUAUACUUGGGGAGCUACGACAAUGCUGCCCGCGCCGAGCUUCUCAAAACUCAGGGCAUCUCUCGUGUUCUCAAUACUGUACCUGCUUGUCAAAAUUUGUACAAAAAUUCUUUUACCUAUCACUGUCUCCAGUAUGAUAGAAAAUUGCCGUUUGAUGAUGCAAUCCAAUUUUUAGAAAAAUGUGAACGAGAUAGGGCUCGGGUUCUUGUACAUUGCAUGUCUGGUAAAAACAGGUCACCUGCUAUAGUAAUGGCCUAUUUAAUGAAAAGCAAAGGUUGGAAACUUGCACAGAGUUACCAAUGGGUGAAAGAACGGCGACCAUCUGUUGAUCUGAAUCCAGAUGUCUCCCAGCAAUUAGAGGAGUUUGAACAGAAACUUUUUGGUUUAAAUGAGAGCAGCAGUGUCGCCAUGCCUAACCAGCCACCAUUCAGCUUCGGCUACUCAAUGCCAAAUGAUCCGCCAGUCACAGCUCCGGUCUUCAGCAACACUGCGAGUGCUUCAAUAUUUUUGCGUCCCCAAUUGGACACCCCCCAGGUUUUCACUUUUGGAGCCGGGCAGAGUCAAAACACCACUGCACAAAACAACGAAUUCGGCGCCAAUUCAAAUACUUCUCCCGUUAAUGACAUCUCCAUGGAAGGUCCUUGACUGCUCUGCCUCAUUACAGGUUUCUUGAACAUGGUUGAAGGUCAGAUUUGUCUCCAACUAUGAUGACUUUUUACAUGAAAGUUGGGGUGCUAAAGUGGGGAGAGAAUUGUGAUUUUCAUUGCACAUACUGAACUGACAGAAGGCACCCUUGGAUUUCGGUUUCAGACAACUCCUUGUCCCCCGCGUCUCUUGUUUACUUCCAAAGUUCUUUUGUUUGAAGUAGUCUCUUGUUUUACUCCAAAGAUUUCUCUGUUUGAAUUAAUGUUUGGACCGUAACCAAGGCUGGCGACUAUAGUAUACUUCUUACA